AUGGGCAAUCUUUGCUGCCCUACCGCAGCGCCGUCGCCAGUCAUCGUUCACAUCUAUGAUGUGACUGGCACUGCGCCGAUGCAAUUUGUUAACGGCUUAUUGCGCCCUUUCGGAACAGGUGCCUUCCACGCUGCCGUGGAAGUCCAUGGUAGAGAGUGGAGCUACGGGCAAACGCCACGGGGUCCUGGAAUAUUUGAAAAUCCACCGGGAGAGUGCGAACAGCACUCGUAUCGAGAGUCCGUUCACAUGGGAUACACGGACCUCUCCCCUUUCGAAGUGCAGAUGCUUCUUGUCGACAUGGCCAAGCGAUGGCGUGGGCGGCAGUAUGAUUUGCUCAACAAGAACUGCACGCACUUCGCCGAUGAACUGUGCCAACUUCUGGGAGUUGGCGAGCUCCCAUCCUGGGUGACUAAUUUGGCAGGCGCUGCGUCCAAAGUUGGCCCAGGCCUCCGAAAUCUGAAGGAGCGACUUUUCAACCCUUUCGGCUUCGACCAGGCCAAGACCGGAGUGGAGGUGUCCCGUUGA